UUAUCGAAAGAGAACGUCUUGCUGGACGGAAAGGGCAACAAGAUGAUCAUUCACUUUAAUGUUGCGAUGUUCAAGAGAGCAUGAGCUACCCGACGAAGAUGAUUAAAAACAAUAAGUCGAAAGAGAACGUCAAAAGUAUCGAAAGAGAACGUCAACAUCGUCUGAAGAGAACGUCAAGAGACAGCGUUGAAAGAGAACGGACAGAGAAGAUGAUCUGUCAGAGGAAGAAGAACACAGCAAGCGCCACUGCCUCAACAAUACGAAAUUCGAAAGAGAACGCUUCCUCGGAGCCAAGAAUACACACACACACACACACACUUGCUGCGUCGUACUAGUAGCAGAGCGCCAUUACCAACGAACACCGAGACAAAAAUUAUCUCGCUUGAGGAGACAGGGGAAAAGAUGGGACUUCGUUGGUG